AACAUUAAUUUUUCUCACUCGAGCUGAGAAUAUCAUACAAAAAAACGAAAACGAAAAUGGCAUUUUUCGAGACGAGCUGAUCUCGUGAGGAAUCUCCGAUGUCAACGGGGAAGAUGAUUUCCUUAGUUUUGUGGCGAUUUCGCCAGUGAUCAAAGCAAAUUGACCGAUUUGCUAUUUAAAUGACAAGUAUGACUUCUUCUUUAAAUCGAAAGCGAAGCUCAUCUGUUAGUUUUACAAGAGCUAAGGAUAAUAGUGAAGAUGCUACAGAUGAGAUCCAUAUAUCUCUGGCACCAUAUAUACAAACAUACUUGGCACACAGUGGUCAGGGACUUGGAUGUUGCGGUAUUAGCCUUCCAGUACCAUUCGAGCGUGCAGCCUCAAGGUCUUGGUGGAAUCCUAAAUUUGAUUCAGAAAUACUUGAAGAACAGUUUAAAAGAAGUGCCUUUCCACAAAUAAGAUUAAGAUUUCGAUAUGCCCUAACAUACAUCUUGCUAGUUUCUUUGUCAUGGUUAGCAUAUUUUAUUAUAAUUGGAACUGAAUAUAAUACUACAACAUGGCCAGCAAUAGCAGCAAUUUUUAUUACUGUUGGUAUAAUGGUAUCAGGAGUUUUAUACUUAACACAUACAGAUUAUUACAAAGAGUAUGUGUUGCAAACUUCAUUAGGAGUUGCAGCUAUGCUUUGCAUUUUGUCAUUACUUUUUCUUACAAUAAUUCCACCCUAUAUAGAUGGCCUAACUUUAGUCGGACAUUUUGCACUAUGUUCGGAAAUUUUGUUAUUAAUUUACACUGUGCUGCCAAUGCCAUUAUACGCAUGUUUGGGAAUAUCAACGAUUUAUUCCUUUCUAUUUGAAUUUUUAACUGCCUAUUUGUAUGGUUCAAAAACUGCAAGAGAAAAGUUUUUCAGCGAACAUACGUUACCAAAUAUUUCUACAGGAAACGAUGCCAUAUUAGAUUACAGCAAAAUAUCAACAGCUGCAUAUUCUUAUUUGAAAAGUUUUAAUAAUAGUCAAUUGUCAAAUGUGAUGCACGAUAACAACGAAUAUACAAUUGCAACCAUGAAGACAACACCGUAUUCCCAAGAUUCAAAAUUGUUAUCUGUUCUUGGAUUGAAUUCGUCUAACCAAGAGACCAUACUUGGGAAAGCAUUUGGAAUUCUGAACAAUACAAGUAUAGCGUCGACAAUAGUUAAUAUUAAUUCCACUGUAAAUGCUUCUAAUGAUUUAAUUUCCAAAGAUAUAAACAAUACAACUUCGAUAUUGGGAGGAGAUGUAUUAAUCCGUAGGAACGGUGAAUUGUCAAACUAUAUUUUAAGUAGCAACAUAUCUAAUCAAUCAUUUUCGGACGAUAAUUAUUUUUCUACAAAUCUUGGGAUAAGAAUUUUAAUGCAAGUUUGUAUUCAUCUGAUAGGAAUACAUAUUUUAAUAAUGACUUUUGUAAGAAUGCGCGGUACGUUUAUGAAAGUCGGCCAAUCUUUGUUAGUCCGACGUCAAUUAGAAAUGGAGAAACAACUUAAAGAGAAAAUGAUUCACUCCGUAAUGCCGCCGAAAGUUGCCGAUUGGUUAAUGGCAGAAAGCGAGCGUGAAAGAGAGCGCGAAGAUUCUUUAAAGAAAGGAUCGAUACCGUCCAAUAACACGGAUAUCCGUUCGUUAUUUCGACCGUUCAACAUGCAUUCAAUGGAAAAUGUUAGUAUUCUAUUUGCCGAUAUUGUUGGUUUUACACGAAUGAGCUCGAAUAAAACUGCAGAAGAAUUGGUAGGGAUUUUAAAUGAUCUUUUCGAAAGAUUCGAUGAUCUAUGCGAGCAUCAUGGAUGUGAGAAAAUUUCUACAUUGGGCGACUGUUACUACUGUGUAAGCGGAUGUCCAGAGCCAAGAUCUGACCAUGCAAAAUGUUGUAUCGAAAUGGGACUAGCUAUGAUAGAAGCUAUAAAACAAUUUGAUAUUGAAAGAAGGGAGGGUGUCAACAUGAGAGUUGGAGUACAUACCGGAACCGUGCUUUGUGGAAUUGUAGGUACUAAAAGAUUCAAGUUCGAUGUUUGGUCUAAUGAUGUGACUUUGGCAAAUAAAUUAGAAAGUACAGGAAAACCAGGAAGAGUUCAUUUAAGUGAAAAAACAUUAAAUUUUCUUGAUGAUGGAUACGUUACAGAAGAUGGAGAAUUAAUAAAUGGUAUUAAAACUUAUUUCAUCAAAGGUCGAAGAUCUGAUUUUACUAAUCAAUUUAUAAUGAAUAUUACAUCACCAAAAAGUAUAUCGCCUUUAAUGCAGUCACGUCAUCGUUUGGCCUCGUGUAAUAGUCAAUCUAAAUCGAAAUGUCACUAUCUCCAUAUGGUUACUAAUACAAGUAAUUAUAGAAUCAAAGCGAACUCUUUACCAAGUAUUCUAGAUUCCGAAAACGGCGAUAUCGAUACGACGGAUGAAAAGGAAAAUGCAAAUAAAAGUCCCGUAUCGGUUGCUAGUUAUGGGAAAAAAAAGUUACGAAAUAAACCUUGGAGAUAUUUACAGAGGCAACGAACUACCGAAGAAAUGACCCCGUUAGAAAUGGAAGAAGCUAAAGCAAUUAUUGCUGAACGAUCAAAAACUGAAUCUCAUUCAUACGAAGAUCGUAAUGGAUUUAGGCAGAAUACAUCUCAAAAUGACAUUGAAAUGGAUCCGAAUCCUGUACCUUCUAGUCCUUUAUUAUCUGGUCAAGAGCCACUCAGUCGUGCCUCUUCUAUGUGUAGUAGAAAAGAUUCUGGAAUUAGAAGUAAUAGCAGACGUAGCAGUAUACAGCAACAGCUGUUUUUGAUGAAUGGUAUGGCUCAGGGUGACUUAUUAGCUCACAGAGUGAGUGGUUAUUAUACGUCUAGCUCGACGUUAAAUUCUGCUCACGAGCCAUCGUCUUCGGUACCGCCAUAUCCGUUUCCUCCGGCAGUGACGGAUACUUUUGGUGCGUGUUUUCAUAAGUUAAGGAAACAAUCUGAUCUCCAGUUAAUCAGGUGCGUUCAAGAUAAUGUAAGUUCUCAACGGUCCUACUUCGUGAAACCACCACUUUCGAGUUUGACACUUUUCUUCAAGAACAAAGAAAUGGAAAAGGAGUACAGAGAGAAUGCUCACAAGGUUAGCGAAGGUAUCAGUGGCAACCCACCUACUCUUGCUACCUCGAGAUUCAAUACGUACUUUGAUAUUUUAAUAUCGGCAUUAGUUUACACUGCCGUCACGGUCUCGCUUUUCUUACUUUGCGAACCAACUUUGUACUAUAUAAUCUUUUCUGUAUGUGCCACUACCAUCCAAAUUAUAGCAGUGUCGCUUUGCGUGCGUCAACUAUUAUAUCCGAAUAUGAUCCACGCGACAUUGACGCAACAAUUAUUUAGGUUUUUCUUACAAUGGUAUCCUUGGCAUAUUUGCGGCGCGGUCCUGGUUGGCUUACCGAUCACGUCUAUUCUUCUCAAUUAUACAUGCAGCAAUUUUCAUAGUUUGAAUCAUUUCGAAUAUUACUACGGCUAUUUGGUCUUUGUCGGUUUAGUACAUUUUUGUAAUUUCACGCAACUUAAUUGCUGGAUGAAAAAUUUCCUGGUAACGCUUAUGGGUGUAAUGUUUCUUUUUCUCAUAAUGAAUCAUGUAUCGUACAGUCAAAAGAAUCUCGGUAAUGUUACAGAUUUAAUUAGCAAUCAGUUUAACGCAAGUAAUUCACAGAAAAUAUUUAACAGUACUCUCCUUCGGUCUACAUCAAACUUUGCUUUAAAGAAUGCUUUCAUGAGGCAACGAGAAGUAGAAAUACGAUAUCACGAUAGAUUGUACAAUUCCGAGAUUUUUUUGGAUAUGAUACUUUUACUUCUGCUAGUUUGGUUUUUAAAUCGUGAAUUUGAGAUCAGUUACAGAUUAAGCUUUCACGGGAACGCGGUAGCGGCAAGAGAUAAAACUCGCGUCCAGUCGAUGAAGAAUCAAGCCGAUUGGCUUUUGCAUAAUAUUAUACCAAAAUACGUGGCCGAUCAAUUGAAGACCACCGCUAAAUAUUCUCAAAAUCACAAAGCCGUAGGCAUUAUUUUUGCAAGUAUAGUUAAUUUCAAUGAACUCUACGACGAGUCUUAUUUAGGUGGCAAAGAGUAUCUACGUGUGUUGAACGAACUUAUCGGCGACUUCGACGAGUUAUUAGAAAAGCAAGAAUUCUCGAACGUCGAGAAGAUCAAAACCAUUGGUAGUACCUUUAUGGCUGCAAGUGGUUUAAAUCCACAAGUCAGACAACAAAGUGAACACGAUUACGCGCAUCUAUUUCAAUUGAUAGAUUUUGCUAUGGCGAUGCACAAGGUAAUUAAUGAUUUUAAUCGUGACCUGUUAGGCUUUAAAUUGAUCUUGAGAAUUGGCUUCAAUUACGGUGACGUUACCGCUGGUGUGAUCGGGGCUACUAAAUUAUACUAUGAUAUUUGGGGCGACGCUGUAAAUAUAGCAUCCAGAAUGGAUUCUACCGGAGUAGCUGGAAGGAUACAAGUGGCCAAGAAUACUUUGGACGUUCUCACGGAACGAUACGAGUUUGAACCACGUGGCCAAGUUUAUGUUAAAGGGAAAGAUAACAUGGACGUGUUUCUAUUAAUAGGAAAAAAGAACGAUGUUGAUACAACGAUAAGCGCUUAAAUUAUUUCAAAUGCCUAAGUCGAUUAAGUCGAAUGAACUGUACAUGGAAUUAUUUGAUUGCACGUUACACUUACAUCGAGCAUAUGAUCUUUACAGGAUCAAAGCUUUUAGCGAUCUCGUAAGAAAUUUGUAUAAAAUCUACGGUAGGCGUACCGUCGGCGUAACACGUUAACCUAAUACGUACCUUACUCUUCAAUUGCUCGCUCAUUAAAGAUAUUUAUUCUUAAUGAAAUAUUCACUGUAUUUUUUUACGUAAUUUAAGGGUAUCGGAUACGAGACCUACAAAAACCUACCUUUGUAAUGUUAAAAGUACAAAAUCGAAUCAAUUUUAAAAUAAUGAAAUUUCUCCUGAUAUUGUUAUGAAACAAAAAUCUGUGCUAAACGUAAUAUCGAGACGAAUAGUAGGCAUCGUUAAUGUUUGUAUGCUUUCUGAAUGAUCGAAUUAUGCGAAUGAACGAGCGAACGUAUAAAUGACCGGCUCUGGUUGUUGUCGACAGUUCCUAGUUAUAAAAGUGCGACUUAUUUGAUAACUGUUCAUAUAUGUAAAAAGCUUUCUGAUAACUUUCUUUUAUUCUUUCGAUCUGUUGUACGAAAUUAUUAUAAUUCUUUCCUUUUUUUUCUUCUUUUCGCCGUAAUAAUCAAAAUUAUUUCUAUUGUAAAUUAGAUAUGAAAAUGUAUCAGAUCACUUUCAAAGUAUCAACAUCGUAACAAAAGAUAUACCUCGAAUCUCAAAAUAUUCUUUAAGACUUAUUUGUUCAGUAAAUUAUAGCGGAGCCUUACAUCUGUCGCAAUCGUUUUACGGAGGGGGUUUCGUCUCCCUGGACGCCUUGAGUUCGGGCCGGGGAGCGCUAGGUGGCGGCGAGAGGAACCAUGUUCUCGCAAGCACUCGCCCGACAUGCAGCUCGAAUAUUUCAAAUUUCGAACCGCGGUAUGAUAGGUGUCUGGGACAGGGAUCGUCUGUUGUCAGCCUCACUGAAGAAUCUGACAGACGAUCCCGAGAUGCGAAACACCGUUUACUUCGACUGCUACACAUCUAUCACCGUUGUAAUUAUGAUAUACAUUCGUUCAGUGUAUGAGGAAUAUUAUAACGAAGAAAAACCUGUUUUAAGGUUACUAUAAAUCUCGAGAACAUAGUACUCUAUAAUUCCAUGCCAAGUUUUUGCAUUCUGUUUUAGUCGAACGUAACGAUGAUAGAAAAAUUAUUUCAAGCUGCAUUAACUAUCGCAAUCAAUUGCAUAGCGGUAUACCUUAUAAAAUUACCAUUCCAUCAUUAUUAAUCUAAUAUUUAUCAUGUUUCGUUAAUUAUCGGUACAAGGAUCAUACAAAAACGAGACUAUAAAAAUUGUGAAAUAUUUUUCGCUACAUUUUACUGCAGUUUUGUACUUCAGACAGUUUAUAGAGAUUCGGUAUAUAAAUCUCUUUGAAUCUCUCCUGUUUGUAUGCGAAUUAUACACGUACAACAAUGUUACAAAAUGUCUAUUGAACUCCAGCAUUUUUCUUAUCCGUACUUAUCACCAAACGAGUUCAAUGAGUUUUUGGAUGUUUUAUAAAAGUAGACAUACGAAUUUUUAAGUGAAUAGAAAGGGUAUUGGACAAAGCAUUUCACCGUUAAAAUGUAGACUUUUAUGAAUUUUGUAACAUGUGUAGUUAUAAUAAGUAAAUUGACUGUGUUUAACAAAAUGUAAUAUCGUGGAAUGUUAUCGUUUCAACGUACAUAGAAACAAAAGAAUCACCGCGAUAAUAAUUUAAAAUUAUUUAUAUAUUCGUUAUUAUUUAAUAUUUAUGAAGCACAGUCUUUGUCACGAUAGAUCUUUUUUUUUUUUUAACUAUAUAUCCGUCAUCAGACAACUUUUAAAUUCGAUUCGUUACGAUUGUCACCUGUUAUCGAUCAUUAUGUGAUGUGUAAUGGUAAUCAUGUAAUGUACUAAUCUGAUUUUUCAUGCGAUAGCUACGAUGCUGUGUUAUUCACAAUAAUGGAAUAUAAUUAACACAAAUGAAAAUAGUAACAAUAAAACGUGUAAAUGUUACUGAUAUUGAACAAAAGCCACGUAAUAAGCAUUUAAAAUGCUACAUUUUUUGUCAAUUUUAAACGUUAAAUAAAGAUUGCAUUUAAAAAACGGCUGUAACGCAUACUAAAUAAAAAUUGUUCCGCGUUAAACGAAGAAGGUACACUUUAUAACUGUUUGAAAUAGAAGAAAGAAAUAUCUAAACAAACUUUCUUAUAAGAAAAGGAAAAAAAAAAAUGAAAAAAAUAGCAGUGCGAACAUGUACUAUAUAUAAAACGCUUUAAAAGUACUAAAAAAUGUACGCACUUUCUUGUUGUUUGAAAACAAUUAUAAUCGAUUCGAAUAUAAACUUUUAUAUGAAAUAGUAAAAUUGUUCUUUUUUUUUUUUUUUUUUUUU